AUGUAUGAAUUAGCUCAAAUAACUUUGGAUUGGACAGUAGAUUUCAAAAAAUGUAUUGAUGCAUCGCCUCUUGUUGUAUUUCUUGACAGCACAACGUCAAAUAGCCACACACGUCUUGCAAUUGUUGGGUCACAUUCUGGAAUGCUUGCUGCUGUCGAUAUAGAUAGUGGUGUGGUGUUAUGGAAACGCGACCUUCCUGAUCGUAUUGAAAGUUCGGCAUGUUUGUGGACUGGUUCUGGUCAUUUUUCAGAUCCAUUGCAUAGUUUAGUUGUUGUCGGCUGUAAUAAUGGUAUGGUAUACGGUGUAGCGAUUAUUGAUGGACAAAUUAUAAAGCAGUUCAAGGCGGAAGAGCAAAUCAAGUCAUCACCCGUGGUUGAUAGUGUUACUGGAUUUAUACUGGUCGGAUCUCACGAUCAUCAUAUAUAUGCACUGGAUUUUUCUAGUCAUUCAGAGCAAUCUGAUUUGAUAAAGUCUCAUGCUAGAUUAAAGUGGAAACUCAAUCUUGGAGCUGCCGUAUUUUCAUCACCUACUAUUGAUACUGCCAAUCAAUGUGUUUAUGCCUGUACAUUACAAGGAAAAAUGGCUCGAAUUGGGAUGGAUGGACAAUUGAUUUGGCAAGUGUAUCUGACCGAUACGCAUAAACCGAUAUUUUCAUCACCUGCUCUUUCACUAUGCGGUGAUACGAUUGUUGUUGGUUGCGUUGAUGGAUAUGUAUAUGGAAUAGCUUCGAAUUCAAACCAAAUAUGGCGAAUCUACAUGAAUGGACCAGUAUUUUCAUCACCAAGUAUUUUUCAAAUUGAAAACAAUUGUUUUGCAUGUAUUGGAUCUCACGGAAACAAAGUAAUCAUUAUAGAUAUGGCAUUGGGUGAAUGUAUUUAUUCGAAUACUACCACUGCACCAAUGUUUUCCAGUCCAUCUGUCGUGGCAUCUGGAAUUAAAAACUGCAUGCAAAUAGCGAUUUCAUCUAUAGAUGGUCGUGUUAAUAUCUAUGUUGUACAAAAAACUGAUAGCGGUCUACUGGUUUCCAGACCCAUUCAGAUGGAUUUACCUGGAUCGCUGUUCUCAAGUCCAGUAUGGACAAACUGUCAUUCGUUACUGCAGGGAUCCAGAUCCAAUCAAUUCCAUCAUUUCAAAAUUGAAUUAAAUUGA